AUGUAUACGCACAGAGAGAACAGGGGCCCAGCAACCAAAGGAGAUAUACUGACAAGAUCCUCGACCUGCAGUAUUCGCCACGACAGCAUCAUUCGCGGCCGGACCAACCGCAGAGAAACCGACACAAUACGGGCUCUCAAAGUAAACCUUGCAAGUCUGAUGGUUGAAAAAUCGAAACACGUUGACAACGAGAUGGACAAAGUGAUGCGUGAGAUCGUGCCAAGACCUGCAAGCGGACACGUUCCGCGAAUCGGUUCCCCUUGGUCUAUCUAUCCAGACGGUGCCGCCCGCGAUGGUCAAGUCGUCGGGUUCGUCGAUGUCGAUCAUGUUCCCAGGUCCUUCUCAGGCGUGAUGGAAAUUGAAAAAAGUGACACCGGCCAAGUCGAGGGUCCAGCCGCCGGAGAAGAGCCAGAGGACUGUAUCAUCGCUUGGGGAUAG